UUAGCCUUAUAUGUUGGUUGUUUUCACACACUACAGUCACAACUGUGUACAAACACCUUAUAAAAGUGAUUUUUACAUUCUAUGGCACCUUACAGUAAAAAUUGUCAAUUUUGAAAUGCACAUCAAAAUCCUUAUUCAAAAACAGACUAUGAUGGAAGCUCUUUCUUUUUCUAUGUCUGAAGAAAAAGCUGUUUCAGACACAGAUAGAUGUGCAGCAGAUGAUCCAUAAUAGAAUGAAGAAGAUUGAAGUGAUCCAGUACUCAGUCGAACUGAAAAUGAGGAACACAGAGGAAGAGAAAUCGUCCAGUGUUGAUCUCUUCACUGAUCUGAUCCGCUCCAUUGAGAGAUGUCAGUCUGAGCUGCUGAAGAUGAUGGAGGAACAGCAGAAAGCAGCAGAGAAACAGGCUGAAGAUCUCAUUAAAGAGCUGCAGCAGGAAAUCACUGAUCUGAAGAAGAGAAACACUGAGCUGGAGCAGAUCACACACACUGAUGAUCAUCUGCAGCUCCUGCAGAAGUUCUCAUCCCUGUGCAGUUGUCCACACAUCAAGAACUGGACUAAGAUCAAGAUUGACUAUGAUAAGGACGUGUUUCAUAUGAACAGAGCUUUGAUACAGCUCAAGAAAACUCUAGAUGAAAAACUCAGUCAGUCUGUGGAUGUGACUCUGGAUCCCGAUACAGCGAAUCCAUAUCUCAUCGUGUCUGAUGAUGGAAAACAAGUCAGUCAUGGAGACAUUAAACAGGACGUCCCAGAAAACCCAAAGAGAUUUGAUGAUGUUUUGUGUGUUCUGGCAAAGCAAGGAUUCAAUUCUGGGAGAUUUUACUAUGAGGUGCAGGUGAAGGAAAAGACUGAGUGGGGUUUAGGAGUGGUCAGAGAAUCUGUUAACAGGAAGGGAGAUAUUACACUGACUCCUGAGAAUGGAUUCUGGACUGUGAUUCUGAGGAAUGAGAAUCAAUAUGCAGCUUGUGAUGAUCCACCUGUAUCUUUCUCUCUGAAAGUGAAACCUGAGAAGGUGGGAGUGUUUGUGGAUUAUGAGGAGGGUCUGGUCUCUUUUUAUGAUGUGGAGUCCAGAUCUCAUAUCUACUCUUUCACUGGUCAGACUUUCACUGACAAACUCUAUCCAUAUUUUAACCCACGCCAUAAUGAAGGAGGUAAAAACUCAAACCCUCUGAUCAUCACAUGUUAAUGAAUUA